UCCUGGGACAUCGUGCUCGCGAAGGGCGACGCCCUCAGCGACAUGCACACGCUAGCCGCGCAGGACUUCGGCGUCAUCGACCUCGACCUGUUCGACAACGACGCUAGUACCAUCGCAGACGUGAAAGCGCAGAACAAGCAGGUCAUCUGCUACUUCAGCGCCGGGUCGCAGGAGGGGUGGCGCAGCGACGCGGGGUCGUUCAAGGACGGCGAUGUCGGGCAGGCGAUGGACGGCUGGCCGGAUGAGAAGUGGGUCAAUGUGAAGAGCGAGAAUGUGCGGAGCAUCAUGAAGAGUCGGAUCCAGGAGGCGGCGAAGAAGGGGUGUACGGCCGUGGAUCCGGAUAACGUGGAUGGCUUUAGUGACAACCAGGACGGCUUCGGCUACGACAAGGCCGCUUACGUCGACUACGUCAACUUCAUGGCGAAGGAAGCCGCGUCUAACAAUCUCGCCAUCGGGCUCAAGAACGCUAUCGACCUCAUCCCCGACGUGCUCGCCGUGGUCCAGUUCGCCGUCAACGAGCAGUGCCACGAGUACGGCGAGUGCGACCAGUACAAGCCGUUCACGGAUGCGAACAAGGCUGUCUUCAACAUCGAAUAU